GGUAUGAGCCACCAUGCCUGGCCCUCCUUUUAAUUUUCAAUGUAGCCUGCAACGGCCCUGCAAGGAGGCAAACAAGGACAGUGGCCCUUCUGAGUGCCUGUGACCCUCCCCUCGGGGCUGGGGUGAGGCUCAGAGCAGAGGAUCCAGGGUGGGGCUGCGUUCCCAGCCCUUGAGGGAGCACACGGGGCACGCAGUAGGCCAGGUAGGGUCAGCGCUGUGGGAGGCAGGCCUGGUGCACCCACGGGUGUCUGCGUCCUUCAAGGACUCGUCUGCCCGAGUGCGCACAGUGUGGCUGCGGGUUCCGAGGGAAGAGUGAGGGAGCCCCAGGGACAAGGGAUGCAGCAAACAUGGAGGUCUGAACGUCGGCACCGCUGGGCACUGCCCCGCCCGGCUCUGUGCAGCUGCUCGGGGCUGGGAGUCUCCUCUUCACCAGUGGCUUCCAAAGGUCCCGGGCCCCGAUCUCCGGAGCCACGUGGCCACAGCUGACCUGCGGCAUCCAGCCCAGUCUGGGCCGGCCUCCCGAACCUCUCUGCUCCCUGGGGUCACCCCCAUGGCUGCACAUGGCCCUGACGUCCACCCCACUGCCUGCGCCCUGAGCCUUGCCCACAGCCACACCCCAGGCCCCGCGAUGCCGUCUCUAAACUUGCUCAACUUGCAUUUCAUGAGCCCUCAGAUGGUUCCUUCUCAUGUGUGUCUCGCUUGCACCCUCGACUCCGUGUCUGUGAGUCUGUGCCUUGUGCUCCCCGUCCCCAUCCCACGGGGCCACCUGCCAGGUGUGGGCAGGUAUGCUCCUUCACAGCUGUCCUGGGGGACGAGGACGCUCGGCUCGCUUCUUUGCUGGUCCGCCGGGCGAUCAGCACGUCCUGCUGUCUGAGCCUCAGAUGGCAGAAAAUACCAGGGCAGCAGGAUCGGAUGCCGGUUCAAAUUCGGGCUCCACAGUCACCUGCUGUGUCCUCUCCAAGGGGUGGCACGAGGGAGGACCAGACCAGCUGAGGUGCCCGUGUGGGGCCCACGGGACCCGAGGGACUUUGAGGGCCACUUCCCUACCCACAUGGCAACUUCCUCUUGUGGUAGGGUUGUGGGUCGGCACAGACCCUGUGGGAGGGACAGGCACAGGACUCUCCUUCCAGAGGUUUCCUCCCAGCCCCGCGGGGAUGGGGCCAACGCGGGGUCAGGCUGUCCAUCACAGUCCCCACCCCCGCCCCGCUGCAGCCCUGUUGGAGCCCCUGAGUCAGUGUGGCCGGCGUGGUGCCAUCUGCAGCCGCCUCUCUGUGCGGUGCAAUCUAGGAAUGCCUGCCUGUGUCACGGGCUCAGCCCUGAUGUCAUCUUUCCAAGAGAAAGAUGUGUGGCCGCCCACAGACCUCAUCCCCAAGCCCGUGGAGCUCUGCCCUGCGCCUGCUGACUUCAGCCCGCGGCUCCUGCCUUCUCCAUCCCUGUCCUCCCAGCUGUGGUGACCUGGCCCUUAGACACAGAUGUGCCGGCCCUCAGCCCUCCCUCCUGCGUGACCCUCUGUGGCUCAGCGUCACGUGGACAUCGGCCACUCCCAGUCUGUCACCUGCGCCUCUGAAGCCCCAGAACUUCCUGUGACCCGCAGACCCUGCUGACCUGCUCCUCUGCUGUCUGGUCCCAUCUCGGUGGCUGGGACAGUGACUCUAACUGCUCACUCACAGGCGAAGCUCACUUUGGUGGGGGGUGAGUCCAUCAAUCUCGCUCCUCCAUCAGUAGGGUCCAAAGUCCAGGAAAGCAGGACCCUGACUGUUUUCCAUCAUCCCCUCUCCCGGCUGGGAACCUAGUAGGUGCUCAGUAGAUAUGGAAUGAAUGAGUGACUUCACUACGUCACCAGUCCUCUCAAGAUCCCAUGCCUGACUCUCUCUGGAACUUGCCUUCUUUACCUGUGCCCCUAAAACCCGUCCUUUCUGUGCCUGUCCUCUCCUGUGCCCUCCCCCCAUCCCCACAGCCCAACUUGCCACCUGACAUCUACCUGCCCUUUCAGCCCGGCCUGGGACACAGUGUCUCUCUGGUUUCCUGGGACCCCCAAGCAGGGGGAGGCUCUGAGCUCCCCAUUCCAGGCCGGCCACGCCGUGGGAGCGUCUGUGGCAGUGUCUCCACACCAGAUCGAAAGCCUCAGGGGCCAACGGGAGGGUCUGUUGACUAAGUGUCUGGCUGUGACGCAUCAUCUCCAGGGAAGAAAGUGACUUUCCAUCCCAGAACCCGUCACAGCUCUCUGCCUCCCCGGCCACCAGCGUAGCUACAACCUCACGGCUCCUCUCCCACCCUCCGGCCUCUGGGUGCCGCUGACAUAGAUCCUGCUCUGUGUGGCAUCUGCGUGUCAUGCCCUGUCCCCUCCUCCUUCUGAGCGCUCCCGAGAAGGAGGUGAGCACAGGUCUCAUGAAAAAGGUGGAGGAAGGGCUGGGAUCCGGCCGCGUCAUGUUCCGCCCCCAGCCUGGCUGCCUAGGAAUGUUUCGCCAGGCUCAGAGGGACAGGGCUGGCCUCACGUGGGCGCCAGGUCCUGGCAGGGGAUCCAAGGAGGUCUGCGGGACCAAGGUCUGGCCUCCGUGUGCAGCAGAACUCCCACUGCACGGGAAAGCUCGCCAGGGACAUGGACUCAGACCACUGUGCUUGAGCCACGACCCCCCCUGUUCUGAGGGCCCACCCGCCUGUGCCCGGCAGAACGUUCUUGCUCCUAUCCGAUGCCGCUGGUCUAGGCCGAGUCAAACUCUGGGCCCAGAAACAUCACACCCAGCGUGGGAGCUUCAGAGGCCUGAGCCUUUUGUAAGCAGGUGACAGCAAUUAGGACUCACACCGAUGUAGCCCAUGUAAAACACCCUCCCUCUAAGACCCACAUGCGGGUACAGGGGCAUCUCGUCACCUGGCACACGCUCUCGCAAAGGGACACUGUGGGCCCACACUCCUGCGGCCACCAAGCUCCCAGCACAGGGUGGCCUGAGCCAGACCCUUGUGCAAGACGACCUCACGCUGUCUCCUCCAAACUCUACUGUGAAAAGCAAACACUUGACCAGGCCCCUCAAGAGCCCGUGGCUUUUUCAGACAACAACAUCUACUUUCACAGAAAGGGCUCUGGAGCUCUCGGGGUUGGGCGCUGGGGCUGCGCCCGAAAGGAGGCCGGGGAGAGCCUGCUUGGGAAACCGGCGACCCCUGCACCUGGCCUGGGUGCAGCCACAGCCCCGAAGCUCCUGCUGCCGGCUCUGGGAAGGGGUCCAGUGCCCACCCCAGAGCCAGGACUCAAACUCGGGAUCAUGGCUGGCCCCAGCCCAGAGCCCGGACCCACCUCUGCCGCUGCUGAACGUGGCUCUAGUCCCACCGGCCGGGUGUGUAUGUGGCUGUCAUCCCUCUGGGUCUGUGGUGGGAGCCCAAUCGAACUGUCACAGGGCUGUGACGUGUAGAUGGACACUGCCUACGUGGGCAGCAGGCAGGUCUGUGACAUCUCCCCUCGCACGCAGGUCUCCCACGGUGGCCUGAGAGGAAGGCUGGGCAGAGAAGGCGGCGGCUGCAACUGGAGUGCAGGGGUGGGGGGCACCGCCUGCUCACAGUUCCUCCUUGGGUCUCAGGAGGGAGGGGAGCAAAAUCCAGUGUCUCCCAAGUACCCCCCGCCCCCAGCCAUGCCGGGCCAGGAAGUCCAAGCUGUGCCCAGAGGCCACACAGAGGGCGGGCGGGGGCAGCCUGAGGCCACUUGCCCUCGCCCAGGGGAGGCCCAGAGAGCCUGGCAGGAGGCGGCACCUGGGCUGUUUGUUCAUGGAAAGGCUUAUCGGUGAAAACCCCCAGUCUGACCACCUGGGGGAAAGGCUCCCCAGUACCAAGUGUGGCUGAUAAGGGCCAGGAGAUUCCACAGCCCAGGUAGUUCCCCCGCCCCCCUGGCGUUUUGUGGUCACCAUUAAUCAUUUCCUCUGCAUAUAAAAGCUCUUCUGCCAGUGAGCCCAGUACUCAGAGAGAAAGGCUAAAGUUCUUGGGAGGAUGUGGCUGCAGAACUUGCUGCUCCUGGUCACCGUGGUCGGCAGCCUCUCUGCACCCACCCGCCUGCCCAGCACGGUCACCCGGCCCUGGCGGCACGUGAAUGCCAUCAAGGAGGCCCUGAGCCUCCUGAGCCAGAGCAACGACACGGAGGCCGAGAUGGGUGAAGCAGAAGUCGUCUCGGAGAUGUUCGACCCCCAGGAGCCGACCUGCCUGCAGACCCGCCUGGAGCUGUACAAGCAGAGCCUCCACGGCAGCCUGGCCAGGCUCAGGGGCCCCCUGGCCAUGAUGGGCGACCACUACCGGCAGCACUGCCCCCCUACCCCGGAAACUUCCUGUGAAACCCAGAUUAUCACCUUCAAAAGUUUCAAAAAGAACCUUAAGGACUUUCUGUUUGUUGUCCCCUUUGACUGCUGGAAGCCCGUCCAGCUGUGAGGCAGGCUGGGCCGGGUCACACACACUGCUGCUCCCUCUCGGAACGAGCCGGAAACUCAGUGUCUUCAUGCCACAGGGACCCAGGGGUGCCCCAGCCACGACGGGGGUGGCACGGACCCUGACAACGGGCACGGAACAGAGAAGGGGGAGGUUUUAUCCUGGCAGAGAUCAGUGAUAUUUAUUUAUAUAUUUAUAUUUUUAAAAUAUUUAUUUAUUUAUUUAUUUAAGCUCAGACUCCAUAUUUAUUCAAGAUGUUUUACUAUAAUAAUAAAUUAUU